UUUCUAUUUUCCAGAGGAUUGUUGGAGUUAUUGUUAUGGGUUUGAAUCCUUUUCACGCGGCUGGAGGUCAGACCGGACAAAGCUGUCCAAUGGCGGUGUUGUCCACCAGACCUGCACCGUUGCAGCGAGGCUUGAGGCCUUUUUUCUGAUAGAUAUUCGUUCAGAAAAGUGGCCGUUGACCUAAAUGCAGGCGUUUGCGACUUAUAACGCUUUUCUACUCUCGGUUGAUUCCCUAUUUUCUGCUCUCUGCCUUGCAUUUCCACCGGGGGGCGAUUCCUUCAGCUUUCGGGGCAGACAAACUGGUUAUCGCUGCAGAGGAAAGCCUCCGUUAAGAAUCAAAAUCCUGACGAGCAGGCCUAUAAUUCUCCAAUUCGUUUCUUUUUGGGGCUUCAAGUUUAUUAUUAUUAUUAUUUUAUUUUCUUUUUGUGCGAAUCGCCAAUCUCCGGAUUCAUCGCUUGAUAUGAUUCGAUGGCCUUUUGGUGCGAUGACGCGAAGUGGCCUCUUCCCGUGUCCAAGGAGGGACCAGCAGGAUUGGACUUCGUACCAAGGUUCCUAUUCUGGUGCGUCUUCUGCCAGCCUUCUACUUCUUACCCUUGGUAGGGAGACAACUUUUACAUAUGCCUCAUCGGGACAUCGCACACCUGGCCACUCCCCGUUGGAACAUCAAGACAGCUUUGACUAUCCGUCAUGCUCCUAUUUAUAUCCUUUAGCCCCGCUGCGGCGCUGCGAUGGACACACAGAUGCAUUCAGUGUUAGCCUUGAUUGGACCUUAAGGCGAGAGAAAUCAUCUCUUCAAAGGAUUGUCCAGCUUGGCGGACGUCGCCGCUCGGACUGUGCUUUCUCUUAUCCCAGAAAAAGGACGAUGGUGAGCGGCCAAUUUUUGAGAUGGAGGUGGGCGGAGAAAAAAUCUCUCUACAGCGUUUGCGGAGUACAUCCGUACUUGGAAUUGUUACGAGGUCACUCAAUAUUACCGCUCUUCGGGGAUUGAAUAUCCGCCUGGCUAAGAUCCUUCAAGGUGCCGGGAAAACGUGCGGUAGUGGGCAGUUAAUACGGCCUGGUCCCAUCCUGCUCACCGCAGCGCACGACGCGCCCCCUCCUCCUGGCCGGCUGAUGAUCUCUUUAGUGAUGGGAUGAAAAAUUUUUGGUUACGAUCCAGAUUUCGCGCUUGUGCGUGGCAUAUUGACAUACCGGCGUAGCUCGAUUGCGGGAGGAGAUCUUGAGUCUGGCUCUCCUCGUAUGAUUCUUGGGAGGGGCGUCGCAUCACCCAGCCGUUACUCACAUGAACAGACGCCCGGGCGCUCUAUGGAAGGCUUCCCAGUGGAUUUUUUCCCACAACGGUGAGUCCUGAAGGACCUCAGGUUGUUGACUUUACGUACUCGGAUAGACGGCGAAUGCCCGACAGGUUCUCGGAAUUAAGGCGGAAAUCGACGCAAUCUGACCUCACCGUGCUUCAUCCUGGGCCCGAUACUAUUAAUAUGCUCAGCUGAGACCAUGGCGACAUUUGGAUCAGCCCUCGUUAGGUAUUAAAUCCUAAGUAUCCUUGGUAACGGGGUCCUAUGUCCGCUACUUUGGCAACUCUUCAAGCUGAAUGACAUUCCCGACCGCUGGAUCGAUGCGGUGACAGUGGCGAGUCGGUCAGUCCUACCAUUUUAUUACUGUUAUGAUUAUCCUUUUUGCAAUCCAGGCCUCCUUGCCGUUUGAUGUUCCGAGGUCUCUCGGGCUCCGACAUGGUUCUGGGGUUUGGGUCGAGUCGUGUCAUUUCGGCAUUUGUUUCAUGAAAAGGGGGAAUUGGGCGACGUGUACGGAGUAUUCCGAGAAGACUAGCAAAAAGAUGGACGUAGUGAUGUGGCUCCUGUACAUAUGUAUGGCGUACGGAGUAGACGAUGACCAUACCGCAUUGGCCUCCCU